UUCCUGUCAGUCUGUCGUUAUCUCUCCGCCUAGUCAUUGAGGAGGGAGAGUUUUGGGUCGGCUGCGCUUUCAUUUCUUUCCUGGGCAAACUUUAUUGCCGCUAGAGGUUUAGCUUCACUUUUUCGAGGGGGGGAAAAGGGGAUUAAAAAAAACAGAAAAAAGGGGGUAAAAAUAAAAAAGGAGAAUAAGAAGCAAAUAAUAACAAUAACACAACAACCUUUAAUGGUUAAUAAUAUACGUUAAUACAUGCCUGUAUACAAAGCUAUAACGCAUACUUACAGACGUGUAUAUUAUACAUAACAUAUAUAAUAUGAGGCAUACAAACAUAUGUACAAACGUAGUGUUGGUUUCUUUCUUCACUAAGCCGUGAAGUCAAGACUGGGACAAUUUCCACCGGUGCAGAAAGUCCCAGCUUUUGAAACAGAUCAACUCUGUACACACACAUACAUACCUCUGUUACACACCUACCCAAACGAACACGGAGCACUCUUAAAAAGAAAUAAUACGUCCUUAAUAAGAACAAACAACAAAGCGAAAACAAAACGAAAAAAAAUGUAUUCGUUGUUGUUGGCCAUUUGUUUGCUGGAUAUCACAGCUGGAAUCUGUCCAAGCAACCAGAGCAAUUUAAAUGGUUCUUCCUGUUGUCAACUCUGUGAACCCGGUUCAGGUGUCGUCGGUAAUUGUACUCGCAACCAGGACACAGUCUGUGCGCCGUGUCAAGCUGGGAAGACAUUUUCAUCACAGGCUAGUUCAACAGAAGAAUGCAAGCUCUGUUCAACGUGUCCCGAGCACACUUACAUUAAAAAAGUUUGCAACGUCACCCAUGAUACACAGUGUGAAUGUUCGACUGGUUUUUUUUACUCAACAGAUCUGCAAGCUUGUAUGUUAUGUACUCUAUGUCCGGUAGGCUGGGGUGCCGUUCGACCCUGCAGCCCAACGGAAAAUAGUUGGUGCCAACGAUGUCCCAAUAAUACAUAUUCCCACUUGAUCAGUGGAACUAUCGGUUGUGUGAAAUGUCGCACAUGUGCCAGGGACCAAAUCAUGAUACAGCCUUGUACUGACACUCAAGAUACGGUCUGUAUAGCUGGCAAAGGUUAUGCAAGCCGUUAUGAAGAAACGCGCAUUGAUGUAAUUCCAAUUUAUUGUGCCCUGCUUGGCGCAGUUGUAUGUGGCCUGUGUGGCUUUGCAAUUUAUAAACACUGCCAACGUCAGCGUAACAAAAGGCUUGGUGCUAGAGACAAUGCUAUGCAUGAAGAUGUGGAAUAUUCUAAAGCUUCUGGAAGAGAUAGUGGUAUUGUCUAUGAUGACUCAGGCAUUAAAACAUGCUACAACCAGAAGCAGAUGGCACCUUUAAAAGUCCAGAACAAUAAGGAGUCUUUAAUACCUGGCUUGCUGUCAGAAAUUUCAUUGUCACCUGUGAAUCCGCAAACUGUGAAUAAUGGAGAAUGCCGUCACCAUCCAAGCAAUGGACAUCAACCAAAUUGGAAUAACCAAUGCCAGAAAUAUCACAUGCAAAUGUCUUAAUCAUUACUGAUUACAGUCAUAUGAAAUAUAUAUAAUACCUA